AUGCUGACACGGAUGAGGUCCGCCGUUUCGCACAUGAUCGGCGGCAUGAUGGCUUCUGGUGGUACAGACCUUGAGGAGGAGAGCGCUGCUGGAGGUGAUGGUGCAGAUUUACCGCUAAGAUUCCCCUAUCAGCGGCCUGAGUUCCUCAACCUGAGCGCAGAUGAGCUGGAGUGUUCAACUGAUCACAUCUCCAGACCCAUUCUUAUACUUAAAGAGAACAACCGAUUGCCAUGGAGCACCGGAUACGCCGAAGUGAUUAAUGCUGGAAAAAGUGCUUUGAAUGAAGACCAAGCCUGCUGUGAGGUGGUGGAGCUGAGGAAAAGACCUGCAGACCUGUCAAGUCCAAGCUAUACACCCACUUCUAGGAGGCGAUCUUCUCUACCCAGCAGAGACACCUUGGAGGUCGAGGAAGACUCUCCUUCAAAAGAAAUGUACUUCAACUACUGGGGGAUGUUCGAUGGUCACGCUGGUUCGGGUGCUGCUGUAUUUGCCUCCAAGCUGCUGCACCUUCACAUUGAGGAGCAGCUGCAGAGUGUGCUAGAGAUUCUGCAGAAGCCCUCUUUGCAACCCCCCACGUGUCUGGGUGAGGAGAACAGUUUGCAUAUUCAACCAGGUGGAGGCUUAUCACAGCGAGCGCUUUCCAGAGCCACAUCGUUGAGGGGUGCUGCCGGAGCUCCAGGCUCACCCAACAACUUUGCCCCACGUUUUUUCAUGGAGAAGAAGGUGAAGCAGGAGAGCCUGGUGGUCGGUGCAAUCGAGAAUGCUUUCAAAGAGAUGGACAAGCAUAUCGGGAGAGAGAAGUGUGUGUAUGAUAUCACCGGAGGGUGUACAGCUUUAGCGGUGGUGUGUUUGUUGGGGAAGCUUUAUGUGGCCAAUGCAGGAGACAGCAGGGCCAUUAUUCUGCGUGGUGGAGAGAUCUUCCCAAUGUCAAGUGCCUUUACUCCAGAAACAGAGCGACAGAGAGUUCAGUGCUUGGCCUAUAUGCAGCCUCACUUGUUGGGGAAUGAGUUCACACACUUGGAGUUUCCUAGACCAGUGUGCAAGAAGGAGGUGGGAAAGAGAAUUCUGUACCGAGACUACAGCAUGAAGGGCUGGGCGUAUAAAACUGUGCAAGAGGAUGACCUGAAAUUUCCUCUGGUUUUUGGAGAGGGUAAAAAGGCCCGAGUGUUGGCUACCAUUGGGGUUACCAGAGGGUUGGGUGAUCACGACUUGAAGGUUCAUGGUACAGAUAUCUCCAUCAAACCUUUUCUGUCCUGCAACCCAGAGGUGAGAGUGUACAACUUGGAGCAGUUUGAGCAUACCGCUGAUGAUGUUAUGGUGUUGGCUACAGAUGGCUUAUGGGACGUUCUCUCUAACAAGGAAGUAGCUGAGGCAGUCACCAGUUUCCUUGGAAACUGUGACCUUGACAACCAUUACAGGUACACCAUGGCUGCCCAGCAGUUGGUGAUGAAAGCAAGAGGGGUUCUGACUGACCAAAACUGGAGAACAGCCAACAAUAGACUUGGUUCUGUUGACGACAUUUCUGUCUACAUCAUCCCUCUAAUGUUUGGAAACGGACAGCCAGAGCCGAGGUGACCAAUGAGAGAUGCAGAACAAAGGACAGUGAAUGAGGAGGUCUAGACAAUGGCCAUCACUGGACUGGUUUUAGAGAAAUUGCAGGUAUUAGUGAUUUCCAGUAUAAAGUGGGGUUAUAGAUUAAAAGUAAUAACAUUUUUAAACAUCAUCAGACAACAAAUGUCAUUAAAUGUUUGCUGUACCAAUUAAUACAAUAAAGGACUAAUUCCUAGAGUUUAAAGACUGCCGCUAAAGCGUGACUAUGGUAAAGUCUUCCUCUUGCUUGCUGUUUAUUUAUUCUUUUAACACAGAUAACUUUCUAAGUUUCCUUAUAUCCAUUCUAUGAAUGGAAAGGGAGUGUCUGGGUAACGUGGUUAUAUGGUACAUAUGUUAAAGAAAGCAAUUUAAAGUUGAAUGUAAUUAUCAACAUGGUGCUCAGACAUUCAUAGACUGGGUUUACUUCUCAGUGUAUGUUUCCAAUAGCACAGUGGUUUUCUUCUGAUGUACAGAU